AUGGAAGAAGUUGAAUUGAAUAAUGAGGAAUUAAGGAAUAAAACAUGUAAUUUAAAUGCCGAUUUCAAGACAGGUUGGUUCUGUAACAAAAAUGGUUCACUUUUAAAAACAUAUGAGUGGCUUGUUAAAAAUGCUUUCGGAAUUAUAUUGUUAAUACAUGGAUUCAAAGCUAAUAGUCGAAUAAAUUUUAUGCCAUUAAGAUAUGGCACUCCAUAUUAUAGUGAAGACUUAGGAGACGAUAAUAGUCCCUAUAUUUAUAAAAAUAGCUGGAUUGAAAAAUUUAAUCAAAAUGGCUAUUCAGUAUAUACACUAGACUUGCAAGGACAUGGUGAAUCACAAACAUUUGAAAAUUUUAAUGGCAAUUUUGAUUCUUUUGAUGAUCUAGUUGAUGAUGUAAUACAAUAUAUGAAUCACAUUCAAGAUGAAAUCUCAAAUGAUAAUCAAAUGGAUGAUGAAUCUCAUGAUAUAGUAACAAGUGAAAAAAAAAGACUUCCUAUGUAUAUUAUUGGGUAUUCGAUGGGAGGAAAUAUUGCUUUAAGAAUAUUACAAUUAUUAAAUAAAGAAAAAGAAGACAGAAUUAAGGAAUGGAAUUCAAAUAACUAUAAAAAUGGUAACACCAUGUUAGAAAAUUUUACUAAUAUUAAUGAAGUUGACAAUGAUAUGAAUAAUUAUAAUGAUUAUGAUUCCGAUAAUUCCUGUGCUAGUACCUCUGCUACGACAAAUACUAUUUCUAGUGAUAAAGAUGAAGGAUUCUAUAAUUAUUUAGAUAAAUUAAAUAUUAAAGGUUGCGUAUCUUUAUCUGGUAUGAUUAGAUUUAAAACAAUGUGGGAUUUUGGAAACAAUUCAUUUAAUUAUGUUUAUUUACCUAUACUAAAAUUUCUGUCUCAUGUCGCGAAUAAUAUAAUAAUUUCAUCAGAACCCCGUUAUAAAGGGUUUCAGUGUGGUCCUAGUGCAUAUAACCACAAUAAUUAUAUGAAUAUUGAUGGACCAACACUUAAAUCUAUUUAUGAACUCUUAAAUGCAACGAUUACAUUGGAUUCUAAUAUUAAUUAUAUGCCAAAAAAUAUUCCUUUAUUAUUUAUACAUUCACAAGAUGAUCAUAUUUGUUGUUGUAAAGGGGCAAUUUCGCUAUAUAAUAAAAUAAAUGUUAAUAACAAAAAAUUACAUAUUGUUGAUCGUAUGGGUCAUUUUACAACGGCAGCGCGAGGAAAUGAAGAUGUUUUUAAAAAAGUUAUUGAUUGGAUUUCUAAUUUAAGGAAUAAUGAAGAUGAAAAAGAAGAUGAAAUAGACUAUGAAAAAGAUUAUGAAAUAUAUGAUAAAAAAGAUUUUGAAAUCGAUUUUGAAAUAGACUAUGAAAAAGAUUAUGAAAUAUAUGAUAAAAAAGAUUUUGAAAUCGAUUUUGAAAUAGACUAUGAAAAAGAUUAUGAAAUAUAUGAUAAAAAAGAUUUUGAAAUACAUGAUGAAAAAGAAAGUGUGCAUUAA